AUGGCAUUUCCAACUUCUAAGAAGAAAAAAUAUAAUUUAACACCAAAAGCUGGAGAGCUUCCGCUAGGGAGCAAAGGUGUUAUUGUGAGCUAUUCUGUUGGGAGCUAUAGGAAGGGUGCUAUUCGUGAGAUUCUAAAUAUUUUAACUCUUCAAAAUUCUGAUAAAACUAAAACUCAAGAUCUUGAACAGGAAAUUAAAAAAGUUAAGGAAGAAAUACCAAGAUUCGUGCCUAUGUCUGAAUUGACAAGGGGCUUAACUUUUAUCGAAUUUAAGAAUAAAGAAGAUUUGCCAAACUCUAUUGUUAAAAAUAUUUUUGAAAACGCAUCAAAAUGUUCCUGUAGAUUUAUAAGCAAAAUCAUCCCUAUUCAAAUAAUUUGCAGUGCAAAAAUUAGCGUUUUGACAGCAGCUUUAAAGAGUUUUGUGGCUAAAGAAUUCCCUUAUUCAAAUGCUUCGGAGAACAAGGAUAAUAUGUGUGACUAUAAAUCUACAUGGGCACUAAUGUACAAUAGAACACACUCAAAUGAAGCAGAUAAAGAAUUGAUUUUGGGUUUGUUUAACGAAUUUAUUGGAGAUUCUUACAAAGUAUCAUUGGAGAAUCCGGAUAAAAUGAUAGUAUUUCAAGUUGUCAAGUCAUCCUGUGGAUUUGGAUGUGUUGAAAAUUAUUCGUCAACAUGCAAGUUGAAUUUACAGAAAUUAUGCCAAAAGAUGGGGGAUGUUCCUGAGCUUCCCGAUGGUCCUUGGGAACAUAACCACGGUGAUUGGUUUUGUAAUAAUACUAGGGAGUGGCUUUAUAAUCCAAAAGACUCUACUUAUUUUCAUGUUCCAACCAGUACUACGAUUGUAACUAAACAACAAGAGGAAGAUGAGAAUGAUAUAGGUAUCAACUUUCAAAAUGAUUUAAUUGCGGGAACAUUUACAGAAAAUGGGACUAAUUUUGGUGAUAAUGAAAAUAGGAACAAAUUUAUAACUUGGGAUAAUUUGCAAAUUGGUAUAAUUACAAAUUGUAGCGCGUUGUGUUACUACUCUGGGAUUUUUUCUGGUCACGGCGGUUCAGAAUGCGCUCAAUAUAUAAUUAAGCAUCUUAAGAACAAUAUUUUAACUGUAUUUCGUCAAUUCUACCCUAUAAUAGUGGAAAAGGCUAAAACUUUAAGCAAAAGGAAGAUGAAAAGAAAAAUAGGAAGGGAAUCCUGUGAAAUUCAAGCACUUGAACUAGGUUGUAUUAAGGGAUUUCAAAUGACAGAUAAUAAUUACUUGGAUUAUGCUAAAAGGAAUCAUAAGCAAGAUGGUAACUCCUGUUUGUAUCAAGGUUCAUCUGUUUGUGUUUCGUUUUUUUAUGGUCCGACUGAAGAAGGGCUUUUAAAACUAGUAACUGCAAAUGUCGGGGAUUCUCAUGUAAUAUUAUCUAGAAAUGGUUCUCCUAUGAGAUUGAGUUUUGAUCACAAACCUAACGAUGAAAGUGAACAUAAACGAAUAAAAAAGGCUGGUGGAAUUGUUAAAAAUGUAAAUGGUACGUGGAGAGUGCUCAAUAUUGUAAAAAAUGUUUCAAAUAAACAAUGUAGCCAAGGCCUUUCUAUUUCAAGGAGUUUCGGUGAUUAUGAAAUGAAAAUUCCUCAAAAAUUGGUGUCUAGUGAACCUUACAUAUCAAUAAUAUCUAUAGAUUUUGAUAAUGAUGAUUUUCUGGUGUUGGCUAGUAGCGGAGUUGUUGACUUCAUAUCUGACCAACAAAUAGUAGAUAUAAUUGCCGAAAAGGUCAAAAAAAAAUGUUCUCCAAAGGAAUCAUCAAAAGCAAUAGUUGAUAAUGUGCGAAUGAAAGGAUCAACAGAUGAUGUCACGUGUACCGUAAUUUAUUUUGGAUGGAGAAACAUGUUUAAAAAGAAUGUUGCAGAAGACGAAAAAAAUGAUAAUGUUAGUGAUAGUGGUGGUGGCGCUGAUGAUGAUGAUGAUGACUGCAUUGAUAUUUUUAAAUAA